AUGCUGAACAAUGUCGAGAUGGACUCCAAAUUUUGGCGCACACAAAGAGUCAACAAACCAUGUGGUUCGACAGGUUGUUUAGCUAUCUUCCGCUGUGUUCGCCAUACCCGUGCGAAUGAACACAGCAACGGUCUCACGAACAAGCACAUCCAUGGCUUCGCGGACGCGAGACAUCCAGAGAAACUAAUUCAGGCUCGUGUUUGUAUGUUGAUAAUGCACGAUCCACACGGCUAUGUGUGGGGUUGGUUUCGUGAUGCCAAGUUGAGAGGAAAGUUUGGUUUGGUGCCACAUCGCAAGUUUCACAGGCGCGCAGGCACCCAAUCGAGCAACUCUGGGGAAGCUAUGUAUCCCGGACAAGCCGUAUUCCGGGCUGUAAUGUCGCGACGAUUGUGGCUCGUGGUGCGAGAUGUGAAUUUUGUCGAGACGGAGAAGUCCCUCGAUUGUGGUGUGGAGGGUCCGGUGAGGCUCAUCGCCUCGUAA